CUCCUCCGGUUGAAAAGCACAGACGGUUUUCCCUCAAAAUACAGGAACUUACUCUGGCUUGAACUCUCUGGUGCCUCGAACAAAUCUGUGCCCGGAGAGUUCCAUCGCUUGCUCUGCCUCUGCCAAGAGUCCUCGGAUCCAUCAAUCCGAACAAACGUGGAACAAAUCAAUCUAGAUGUACAUCGAACUCUCUCUUCAAACAAAUUUUUCUUCGAUGUUGAGAAAUGUCAGCCGGGCCCCCAUUUUUGUAAAUUGCAAAAUAUUUUGUACGCUUUCAUUGUUCACAACCCAAAGGUUGGUUAUUCACAAGGAAUGAAUCGAAUCGUUGGUAAUUUGUUGCUUGCGACGAGCGAAGGGUCAAGCCAGGGAACGGUUGGUAUAAGCGAGGAAGGCGUAUUCUGGAUGUUUGUUGGUAUUGUUGAGGACCUUCUCCCAAGAUACGAGCAACUUUUCUUUUUUGAUCCGAAUGCGCUUCCAUUUAUUCAGAAUGAUGUUUCCAUCGCCGUGAAACAACAUUUUGCAAAUCUUUUGCCGCAACUUUUUGGACACUUGAACCUGCUACGGGUAGAGAUCGAAAUCAUUGUGCUUGGAUGGUGGUUAGGACUCUUUUCUGAAAUUUUGAAGUCUCUUGACAUCUGGUUCCAUGUUAUUGAUGGACUCAUGUUGGCAAAAAAUCCUAAUGUAAAGCUCUGCGCAUACAGUAUUGCCAUUUUCAAGCUUUGCGAACGUGAGUUGUUUGAUUUGAAGACUACUGGCGAAGUUUACAGUUAUUUUGAAAGG